CCUUAUCAUCUCGAAGCACAUAUCUAGGCCGUGUUGGCGGACGUCAAGCCAUUUCACGUUGCAGCGCCGCCGUAGCAACGUCUGCAUCAUGCAUCUCCUUGUAUAUCUGUCUCUUGGCUUGUUCCUCCUCGGCGCUGUGGCCUCGAGCAGGUUGUCUUGGCCAUGUCCUGAGCCUGAGGAGAUCGCGCCCUGCAUUUGCACUUCUGAAGCAGGAGAUAUAAACAUGGACUGCUCCGAAGUCCAGAACGACGAGCAGCUGUCCGCAGCCUUCAGGGCGAAUUUCCCGUUCACCGAUCUCAACCAGUUCACCAUGAUCAAGAGCCUUUCAGAGGAUAAAAUCGGCGUGACGAAACUGAGCGCCGACACCUUCGGCAACGUGACGUUCACGAGCUUCGCCAUCAGCCACACCACCCUGACUUCCGUCGACGAUUUGGCCUUCAGUAAAUCCUUCGCAAUUAUGGAGUUCUUAGUCAUCAGCUACAGCGAGCUAACCUCUUUCCCAUUCGACAUCCUGAAGAACUGUCCCAAGCUGAAGGACCUGCGCGUGUUCAACAAUCAGAUCAAACACAUGUCCAACAUACACUCGGAGAGCCUCGAGUACCUACAGGUCUCACAUAACCCGGAUCUCCAUUUCAACGACGACACCUUCCAGACUGCGCCAAACCUCAAGCACCUUCUGCUGAACAAGGUCGACCUCCAGUACAUCGCUCCAGACACGUUCGCCGCGCAGGAGAAGCUCGAAUAUCUGGACCUAAGUAUGAACAAGAUCACCUCUUUGGUUCCCGACAGCCUUAGGUUCACCAGCCCUGUGAUCGGUGAAAUUAAGCUCCAGAAUAAUCACAUAGAAACUGUCGAAAAAGGAUUUAUCUCGGGGCUCUCUGGCGACACGUUCCUGUGGAUGCAACACAACAGAUUAACGGAGCUUCCUGAGAACGUGUGGAAAACGGUGUUCGAUUCCGUGACUAGUGCAGCAUCGAAGGAUCUGUUUGUGUUUGAUGACAACCCGUUCCGUUGUGACUGUCACAUCAAGUGGCUUAUUAGUUCUACCACAUACAUGGAUGUCAUGGGGGAGAGAGCAAGUUGUGACGAUGGCACUCUAUUGAAUGAUGCAACUCUCGGUGAUUUUAUCAUCCAACAUUGCCCUGAUCGGACACUGAGAGACUAGUAAACAUCACGAAGACCGAAGCAAUGUUACUGGUUGGCUAUGUAUACAUUAGUAUGCAAUUAGAAAUACACUAUUUAUAAAUU